UAGAUAAAUAAAUAAAUAAAAACCUUUUAGCUUCAGUUCAUAACUCCAUUGAUUUUGACAGAAAAAAACAUGGCUGGUGGGAUCGCGCGUGGCCGUCUCACUGAGGAGAGGAAAGCAUGGCGUAAGAAUCACCCACAUGGUUUUGUGGCAAGGCCGGAGACUGGUCCUGAUGGGUCUGCCAAUUUGAUGUUGUGGCGUUGUAUUAUCCCGGGUAAACCUGGGACCGACUGGGAGGGAGGUCACUAUCCACUGACUAUGCACUUCAGUGAAGACUAUCCUAGUCAACCCCCGAAGUGCAAGUUUCCUCGAGGUUUCUUUCAUAUAAAUGUUUAUCCUUCAGGAGAUGUAUGUUUGUCUAUCCUCAACACGGGCUUGGGGUGGAGUCCAGCCAUUACAGUUAAACAAAUUUUGGUGGGCAUCCAAGAACUACUCGACGAGCCAAAUCCAAGUUCUUCAGCACAAUCUGAGUGCUAUAAGCUCUAUGUGAAGAAGUUGUUGUACUUGAAUCAUCUAUGCAUAUUGCCCAACAGAGUCAGAUCUCUCCAUAACCACCGUCCUCUAUAAGAAUUCUUAAUCGAAAUGUCUUCCCAAAUUUAUCUGAACCGUCAUUAUGAAUAAUAAUAUUGCGAUUAUCACUCUUGCAAGAUAAAACUGAGUACAAGAAACGAGUGAGGGCGCAGGCUAAUCAAUAUCCAGCUCUACUGUAAUAUUAAUUAGCUGCUUUAGAACUAGUACUUAUGUAACUAAUUAAAUCCUCUUGAGUCUUAGCAAUGUCAGUAGGAUGUUAAGGGCAAUAGGGCAUCUUUGUAUCCUGGUUCCUUUUGUUUGGAGGAUUGUUAAAUAACUUAUUUAACUACCCUGAGCAAUAUAUCUAACUUAUUUUUGGAGUGAGCA